AUGGUCCAGAAAUCUAUCAACAGUCAUACCUGCAGUUUUAUAGUUUCUAUUAUUGUUGUUGUUAGUAUUCUUGUUAUCAUCAUAACAUCAUUAAUGUCUCUUCAUAUCUGUUUCUACAUAUCUAUCUAUCUCAGUCUCUUCAUAUCUGUUUCUACAUAUCUAUCUAUCUCAGUCUCUUCAUAUCUGUUUCUACAUAUCUAUCUAUCUCAGUCUCUUCAUAUCUGUUUCUACAUAUCUAUCUAUCUCAGUCUCUUCAUAUCUAUCUAUCUAUCUAUCUCAGUCUCUUCAUAUCUAUCUAUCUAUCUAUCUCAGUCUCUUAUCUAUCUAUCUAUCUAUCUAUCUCAGUCUCUUCAUCUAUCUAUCUAUCUAUCUAUCUAUCUCAGUCUCUUCAUCUAUCUAUCUAUUCAUCUAUCUCAGUCUCUUCAUAUCUAUCUAUCUAUCUAUCUCAGUCUCUUCAUAUCUAUCUAUCUAUCUAUCUCAGUCUCUUCAUAUCUAUCUAUCUAUCUAUCUCAGUCUCUUCAUAUCUAUCUAUCUAUCUAUCUCAGUCUCUUCACAUCUAUCUAUCUAUCUCUCUAUCUCAGUCUCUUCACAUCUAUCUAUCUCAGUCUCUUCACAUCUAUCUAUCUAUCUAUCUCAGUCUCUUCAUAUCUAUCUAUCUAUCUCAGUCUCUUCAUAUCUAUCUAUCUAUCUAUCUCAGUCUCUUCAUAUCUAUCUAUCUAUCUCAGUCUCUUCAUAUCUAUCUAUCUAUCUCAGUCUCUUCAUAUCUAUCUAUCUAUCUCAGUCUCUUUAUAUCUAUCUAUCUAUCUCAGUCUCUUUAUAUCUAUCUAUCUAUCUCAGUCUCUUUAUAUCUAUCUAUCUAUCUCAGUCUCUUUAUAUCCAUCUAUCUAUCUCAGUCUCUUUAUAUCUAUCUAUCUAUCUCAGUCUCUUCAUAUCUAUCUAUCUAUCUCAGUCUCUUCAUAUCUAUCUAUCUAUCUCAGUCUCUUCAUAUCUAUCUAUCUAUCUCAGUCUCUUCAUAUCUAUCUAUCUAUCUAUCUCAGUCUCUUCAUAUCUAUCUAUCUAUCUAUCUCAGUCUCUUCAUAUCUAUCUAUCUAUCUAUCUCAGUCUCUUCAUAUCUAUCUAUCUAUCUAUCUAUCUCAGUCUCUUCAUAUCUAUCUAUCUAUCUAUCUCAGUCUCUUCAUAUCUAUCUAUCUAUCUAUCUCAGUCUCUUCAUAUCUAUCUAUCUAUCUCAGUCUCUUCAUAUCUAUCUAUCUAUCUCAGUCUCUUCAUAUCUAUCUAUCUAUAUCACACAUACCCCACCCAUCCAUAAUUGCUGAAGGAUGA